AUGAAUGGCACGGAAGGGCCGGAUUUCUACGUGCCCAUGUCCAACCUCACAGGAGUGGUGCGCAGCCCGUACGAGGAGCCGCAGUUCUACCUGGCCCAGCCCUGGGUCUUCGCCUGCCUCUCGGCCUACAUGUUCUUCCUGAUCGUCGUCGGCUUCCCCAUCAACCUGCUGACGCUCUGGGUCACCGUGCAGCACAAGAAGCUGAGGACGCCGCUCAACUACAUCCUGCUCAACCUGGCGGUGGCCGACCUGCUGAUGGUGGUGGGAGGCUUCACCACCACCAUGUACACCUCGCUGCACGGCUACUUCGUGUUCGGCCGCGCCGGCUGCAACGUCGAGGGCUUCUUCGCCACGCACGGCGGCGAGAUCGCCCUCUGGUCGCUGGUGGUGCUGGCCGUGGAGCGCUGGGUGGUGGUCUGCCAGCCCGUGAGCCACUUCCGCUUCGGGGAGAAGCACGCCGUAUGGGGCGUGGCCUUCACGUGGGUGAUGGCCGGGACGUGUUCCGUGCCCCCGCUGCUCGGCUGGUCGCGGUACAUUCCGGAAGGCCUGCAGUGCUCGUGCGGCAUCGACUACUACACCCUGAAGCCAAAGAUCAACAACGAGUCCUUCGUGGUCUACAUGUUCGCCGUGCACUUCAGCCUCCCGCUGCUCGUCAUCACCUUCUGCUACGGCCGGCUGGUGUGCGCGGUGAAGCGCGCCGCCGCUGCGCAGCAGGAGUCGGAGACCACGCAGCGGGCCGAGCGGGAGGUGACGCGCAUGGUGGUGCUCAUGGUGCUCUCCUUCCUGGUCUGCUGGGUGCCCUACGCCAGCGUGGCCUGGUUCAUCUUCACCAACCAGGGCGGCUACUUCGGGCCCGUCUUCAUGACCGCGCCCGCCUUCUUCGCCAAGAGCUCGGCGCUCUACAACCCGCUCAUCUACGUGUGCAUGAACAAGCAGUUCCGCAGCUGCAUGCUCUCCACCGUGCUGUUCUGCGGCAGGAGUCCGCUGGAGGACGAGGAGGUCGGCGGCACCUCCUCCUCCAAGACAGAGGCCUCCUCGCUGUCCUCCACCUCCUCAGUGGCUCCGGCAUGA